ACCACCACCAUCAUUCCCACUAAGCCUCCACAACACCGCCACCACCACCACCACCACCACCACCUCAUCGCCAUUUCUACUGUCUGAAGCAAAAACAGAGUACAAAAAGUAAUACCUAAGUUUAGAUCGGCAUUUAUCUCAACCGUACUAUUCUGCUUGUAUUUUCAGUCCUUAUCUUAUCUCACUUGAAGCUACAUUUCAACUGAUUUUGUUUCUCUCCUCUCCUUGUCGGCGGUGUUCUGGUUUCCUUCAUUUCAAGUUUUUCCUUUUUUCCAUUUUUUCCUUAAAAUCUCUGUUUAUUUGCAGUUUUGAUUUAUCUAGUGGAGUAUAAUCUUUGUGAAAAUUUUAGCUGUACCGAGCAAGCUAAAAUGGCUAUUCCUUUUUAUUUCGGAGUUGCAAUAGCCGUCUUUGGACUUUGGUUUCGGCUUGUCAGUCUUGUUGCUUCGUAAAGUCAUAGCUUAUUUGGGGCAAACAUUGCAAAGGGAAGCUAUAACUUGUAGAGCGCAUGUUUGUGAAGUGAAGACAGACCGCAUCUGAUCUCAUGUCAUUUUCUCCUUAGUAAAUAAAUAAACUUUUGGAAUGGAUAAUCCUACUUAUUUGUUAUGGAAGCAAUGGCGAUUUUAGGAUCUUUGCUUUCAUCAAGUUGAUAAAAUUUCCAAGUCUACAAUGGACCGUCGAAGUUGGCCCUGGAAGAAAAAAUCAUCUGAUAAGACUGAAAAAACAGCUACAGCUACAGAUUCUGGUGGUGGCACGUUGGCUUCAACUGGAUCGCAGGCAGACAAGGAUAACUACAAAAAGCCCAACUAUGUUCAAAUUUCGGUGGAGUCAUACACCCAUCUGACUGGUUUGGAGGAUCAAGUGAAGACAUAUGAGCAGCAAUUUCAGACUCUGGAGGAUCAGAUUAAGGAGUUAAAUGAAAAGCUGUCUGCAGCAAAUUCAGAGAUGACUACAAAGGAAAAUCUGGUGAAACAGCAUGCUAAAGUUGCUGAAGAAGCCGUUUCAGGUUGGGAAAAGGCUGAAGCAGAAGCUUUGGCACUGAAAAAUCAUCUAGAAACGGUCACACUUUCAAAGCUCACUGCUGAAGAUCGUGCGUCACAUUUGGAUGGUGCUCUUAAAGAGUGCAUGCGACAAAUAAGAAACCUGAAGGAAGAGCAUGAACAGAAAUUGCAAGAUGUCGCUCUCUCUAAGACCAAGCAAUUAGACAAAAUUAAGUUCGAGCUUGAAGCAAAGAUAAAUAACUUAGACCAAGAACUCCUUAGGUCUGCAGCUGAAAAUGCUGCUCUUUCAAGGUCUCUACAAGAGCGUUCUAACAUGCUAAUGAAAAUAACUGAAGAAAAAUCACAAGCUGAGGCUGAGAUUGAACUUUUGAAGGGCAAUAUUGAAUCGUGUGAAAGGGAAAUAAAUUCACUUAAAUAUGAAUUACACAUAGCUGCCAAGGAGCUAGAGAUUCGUAAUGAGGAAAAGAAUAUGAGCAUGAGAUCUGCUGAAGCAGCAAACAAGCAGCACAUGGAGGGAGUAAAAAAAAUAGCUAAGCUGGAAGCAGAGUGCCAAAGAUUACGUGGUCUUGUGCGGAAAAAGUUGCCUGGUCCUGCUGCGCUUGCCCAAAUGAAGUUAGAGGUUGAGAGUUUAGGCCGAGAUUAUGGAGAUUCUCGGCUGAGGAGGUCACCUGUUAAACCUCCUAGUCCACAUCUGUCUGCUGUGACUGAAUUUUCAUUGGAUAAUGCUCAAAAAUUCCAAAAAGAGAAUGAGUUUCUCACAGAGCGUUUAUUGGCCAUGGAAGAAGAAACAAAGAUGCUGAAAGAAGCUUUAGCAAAACGUAAUAGUGAACUGCUGGCUUCUAGGAAUCUGUGUGCCAAGACAGCAAGUCAGCUUCAAAGUUUAGAAGCACAAGUUCAUGUCAGCAGUCAACAGAAAAGUUCACCAAAAUCUACGGUUCAGGUGCCUACAGAAGGUUACUCCAGUCAAAAUAUGAGCAAUCCACCUAGUUUGACCUCAAUGUCUGAAGAUGGAAAUGAUGAUGACCGAAGUUGUGCCGACUCUUUGGCGACAUCAUUGAUCUCUGAGCUCUCUCAAUUAAAGAAGGAAAAGAGUGGUGAAAAGUCAAAUAAGACAAAGACUGUAAAACACUUGGAGCUUAUGGAUGAUUUUCUGGAGAUGGAGAAGUUAGCUUGCUUAAAUGAAAAUGGUGCCAGCACUAUUUCAGAUUCUCCAAAAAAUAAGACAUCUGAAAUUGCAAAUGGUGAUACUUCAGGAGAGGUCUCAUUGGGCAAAGAUGCCCUCUCUGAAGGACAUUCUACUUUGGAUCCAUCAGUGAAUCAUGUACGCUUGAUGAAGCUUCAAUCAAGGAUUUCUUUGUUACUUGAGUAUGCAUCUAAGGAUGUUGACAUGGGCAAAGUUUUAGACGAUGUUAAACGUGUUGUGCAGGAUGCACAUGAUGCUCUGCAUCAGCCCUCUGUAAGUUGUGUAUCUGAGGAAGUAGUUACUGUUGAUGCAACAAGCAAUGGGCAGACUUGUCCGAAAGAUGCUAGCUUAACUGGAGAGAAGGAAAUCACUUUGUCCCAAGAUAUAAAGGCAUCCACAGAAGCUGUGCACUCUGUAAGCCAAGAGUUGGCUGCUGCCAUUUCCAGUAUUCAUGACUUUGUAUUGUUCCUGGGUAAAGAAGCAAUGGUAGUUCAUGACACAUCUUCUGAUGGUGGUCUGAGCCAAAAAAUUGAGGAAUUCUCAGUCACUUCUAAUAAAGUAUUAAAUGGCAAUACAAGUUUGGUUGAUUUUAUUUUUGAUCUUUCUCAUGUAUUAGCCAAAGCCAGCGAGCUUAGAUUUAAUGUCCUGGGUUAUAAAUGUUCUGAAGGAGAAAUCAAUAGUCCUGAUUGCAUAGAUAAGGUUGCCUUACCAGAGAAUAAGGUUCUUCAAAGGGACUGCUCAGGAGAAAGGUAUCAAAAUGGUUGUGCCCACAUUUCUAGCCCUACCUCUAACCCUGAGGUCCCUGAUGAUGGGAACUUGGUAUCAGGCUAUGGGUCAAAUACAACAUUAUGCAAAGUCUCACUAGAGGAAUUUGAAGAACUGAAAACAGAGAAAGAUAACAUGGCCAUGGAUCUUGCUAGGUGCACUGAAAACCUAGAAAUGACCAAAUCCCAAUUACAUGAAACCGAGCAGCUUCUAGCUGAAGCUAAAGCACAAUUGACUUCUGCACAGAAGUCAAACAGCUUAUCUGAAACUCAGCUAAAAUGUAUGGCAGAGUCAUAUCGAUCUCUUGAAGCUCGUGCAGAGGAGUUGGAAACUGAGGUAAACAUUUUGCGAGCAAAAGCAGGAACUCUAGAAAACGAGCUUCAGGAAGAAAAACGUUGCCACUGGGAUGCUUUGACCAGAAGCAAGGAGCUUGAAGAGCAACUGCAAAGAACUCGAAAGUGUUGUUAUUAUGAACAGGAAAGAGAAUUAACAGCUGCGGCAGAAAAACUAGCGGAGUGCCAAGAGACUAUAUUUCUUCUUGGCAAGCAAUUGAAAGCUUUGCGUCCUCAAACAGAAAUCAUGGGAUCUCCAUACAGUGAGAGGAGCCAAAGGGGUGAGGGAUUUGGUGAUGAUGAGCCUACUACAAGUGGGAUGAACUUGCAAGAUUUUGAUCAGGCAGAAAUGGAUGCUACUGUUUCAACAAAUCUGCCCAAAACAGGUGGUGAAUCCCCUACGGAUUUUUACAACCAAUCGGACGCCGAAACAAGCCUCUCAAGAUCACCAAUCAGUUCAAAGCAACCGCAACACAGAUCCACCAAGUCAACUUCUUCUUCUUCAACUCUUGUUGGAACACCAGAGAAACAUCAAAGAGGCUUUAGCAGGUUCUUUUCCUCAAAAGGAAGAAAUGGCAAUUAGGCUUGCAGCUUGCAGUGCAGCAUAAUAAUGAUAUGGUUGGAAAAAUCAAAAGGUUGAUAAUUAAUAAUCCAAAGCACAUAAAAUGGAGAUAUCUAUCCUUAUUGGUGCUAGAAUCAUCCUUGGAAAUGUUUGCCUGGGUUUCUUAUUAAGAAACCGAUGCUUUGAAAGCCCUGUAAUUUUUUUUUAUUUUUUUUGUAACUGAUGACUGUAUAUGUUCCCCCCACAUAUGUAGGCUCUUUUUUUCUCAUUUUCCUUUGUGUAAUUUCUUCGAUUGAUCUAAGUUUCUGGACCUUAAAAUAUCUGAAUAUAAUCCUAUGUUUUGUCAGUUCUUAAA